AUGAUGUCCUACCUGAAGCAGGGCCCGUACGGGAUGAACGGCCUGGGCCUCAGCGGGGCCGCCAUGGACCUGCUGCACCCGUCCGUAGGGUACCCCGGCCACCCUCGGAAGCAGCGCCGGGAGAGGACCACCUUCACCCGGACCCAGCUGGACAUCCUGGAGUCUCUGUUCGCCAAGACGCGCUACCCGGACAUCUUCAUGAGGGAGGAGGUGGCUCUGAAGAUCAACCUGCCCGAGUCCAGAGUGCAGGUCUGGUUUAAGAACAGGCGAGCCAAGUGCCGGCAGCAGCUGCAGAGCAGCAACAGCGCCAAGGUGAAACCAAUGAAGAAGAAGUCGUCUCCGGCGAGAGAGAGCACCGGUUCAGAGAGCAGCGGCCAGUUCACCCCGCCGGCGGUGUCCAGCUCCUCCUCCUCCACCUCCUCCUCCACCUCCUCCUCCACGUCCUCCUCCUCCGGCCAUCCCGGUAUGAUCAGCACCUCUACCUCCGUCACCGCCCCAGUGUCGUCCAUCUGGAGCCCGGCGCCAAUCUCCCCGGCCCCGGCGCCGUCCACGCUGCCGGACCCCGCCGCCCCCACCAGCGCCUCCUGCAUGCAGCGCUCCGUAUCGUCCUCCGGCUCCGGUGGGACGCCCUCCUACCCGGUGUCCUACAACCAGACGGCGGCGGCGUACAGCCAGGGCUACCCGGCCUCGGCGUCGGGCUCUUAUUUUGGCGGCGUGGAGUGUGGUUCGUACCUGGCGCCCAUGCACUCCCACCACCACCCUCACCACCCGCACCAGCUCAGCCCUAUGACUGGCAGCUCCAUGUCAGGACACCCGCACCACCACAUCGCCCAGACAUCGGGGCACCACCACCACCACCACCACCCGUCGCACCACCACCAGCCGUACAGCGCGCCGGGCCUCGCCUUCAACUCCACAGAUUGUCUGGAUUACAAAGAGCAGACGGCGGCUUCGGCCUGGAAGCUCAACUUCAACGGCUCCGACUGUUUGGACUACAAAGACCAGGCCUCAUGGCGUUUCCAAGUGCUGUGA